AAUUCCUUUUCUCAUCACCCUUUUUCUUCUUCAUCUACUCCUCUUCCAUCUUCCAAAUUCCAUUUCAUUUGCUCAAUCAAUAUGGGUAACUGUUUAAAUUCUUCUUCAGCUAAAGUUGACGUCACUCUUAUCUCCCAAACCUCUGGGAUAUCAACAAUGGGCAGCAAAACUAGUUCAGCUUUAGGUCCUUCCAGCAUGACCAUUUCAUCUUACAAUGGUGGGAGCAGUAUUGAAAGUCUUAGCACCCCAAGAUCCCAAGGGGGUGAAAUCUUAUUGUCUCCCACUAUGAAACCCUUCUCGCUUUUGGAGUUAAAGAAUGCCACCAGAAACUUCCGAUCUGACAGUCUUCUAGGCGAAGGAGGAUUCGGCUACGUUUUCAAAGGCUGGAUUGAUGAAUUUACUCAUUUAGCUUCUAAACCCGGAUCCGGAAUCGUCAUUGCUGUCAAAAAGCUUAAACCUGAAGGCUUUCAAGGCCACAAAGAGUGGCUGACAGAAGUAACAUAUCUUGGGCAGUUACACCACCCUAAUCUGGUGAAACUUAUUGGCUACUGUUCGGAGGGCGAAAAUAGGCUUUUGGUUUACGAGUUUAUGCCUAAAGGAAGCUUGGAGAAUCAUCUUUUUAGAAGGGGGGCUCAACCACUUCCAUGGGCAACAAGGCUGAAAGUGGCAAUAGGUGCUGCGAAAGGCCUAGCUUUCCUUCACGAUGCUAAAGACCAAGUCAUAUAUCGUGAUUUCAAGGCUUCUAACAUCCUUCUUGAUGGGGAAUUCAAUGCAAAACUAUCGGAUUUUGGUUUAGCUAAGGCCGGGCCAACCGGUGAUCGGACCCAUGUUUCAACUCAAGUAAUGGGUACACACGGGUAUGCAGCACCAGAAUACAUCGCUACAGGUCGGUUAACAACAAAGAGCGACGUAUAUAGUUUUGGAGUUGUUUUACUAGAACUAUUAUCGGGGCGUCGUGCGUUGGAUAAAGAAAAGAUCGGUAUCGAACAAGAUCUUGUCGAAUGGACAAAACCGUAUCUAGGAGACAAACGAAGAUUGUUCAGGAUCAUGGACUCUAGAUUGGAGGGUCAAUACCCACAGAAGAGUGCGUACACUGCGGCUACCCUUGCUUUACAGUGUCUUAAUAUCGAACCUAAAGCCAGACCUCGAAUGUCGGAAGUUUUGGUGAAUUUAGAAGAGCUCCUAAAUGCGAAAAAUGUGUUAAAAGAUCGUCGCAUUCUGUGUAGUCCGGUUCCUGAAUCGCCACGGAGACGUCGUCAACGUCGUUCAACACCCUCAGCAUCACCACAAACACCCUCGGCAUCGCCUUUGCCGACUCCACGACAGAGUACUCAUGUAAGAUGAUAGAUAAACAAAUGGGGAUUCCCUUAAAUUUUCUUGUUUGCAUGUAUCUAAACCACUCCAAAACAAAAACAAAAAACAAUAUGUCUACGGUGACAAGAUGUACGCAUACAUUUUCUCUGUCUUUCUUUUGAGACAGAGAUGCUGUUUUCGAGAAGAUUACGACUGUUGUUUGU